AUGAGCGGAGAACAGAUUGAGUCCGAAAUAAAUCAAGAAAAAACAAGUGAGUUAGAAUCAAAAUCAAUUAUUCAUGAAUUGAAUCAAUUUGCAGAACCUGAAUCAAGUCUCACAAUUCACACAUAUAACAGUGCUGCGAAUCUCACGGAGCACCAAACAAUUUUGCUCGAUCCGAACGAAUAUCUAUUUGAUAUCGCAACAAAAAACUCAUGUGUCCGCCCGCUUGAAAACUUCAUCAAACUUUUAUCAAAAUCGAAUGUUCCCCGCGAAUUCACAUCUUUUAUGUCAGUUCCACUAACUCGAACACGAACAGUUGAUGCAUUUUUUGACAAUAUAGAAGCCAACAAAUACCAUGAGGAUGUGUUGGUUUAUGAGAAAACUCGAGUUCGAGUACCACACACCAAACUUGGACAUGAUUAUAUCAAUGCUUCUUGGUUGGAUGGAUUUCGCGAAACUCGAAAGUUUAUUGUUACUCAAACACCGUUGUCAUCCACUGUUUCACAGUUUUAUCGAAUGAUUUAUGACCGGAAAUCUUAUGUGAUUGUAUCGCUUGCGGAACUCAUUGAUGAGAAUGUAGGUUUCAAUUAGGAAAGGAAAUUUCUCAAAGAAAAUGGGCGAAAAUGUGGAACAGGGCCACGUUUUUUUUAAAUGUCACGUGACAUGAUAUUUCGAAAUUUUUUUGAAGUGGAAUUUCAGAAUUUCGCAAAGAAUCACAGGCUUAAAAAAACAAAAAAACAGCUCCCUGAAUACAAAAAAGGGAAAAAAACAAAAAGAGUGCUGAAAACUCAUAAAAAUUCUGCUCCGUAUUUAACUUUUGCAAAGCAUUCGCUGCCGUGGACAAAGCGCACAACAAAUGGAAAUUUAUAUGAAAAGCUUUUUUCCACGGAAAACGCAAAAACCCCCGUUGAAACAGGCGCAACUUUCGCGAGAAAAAAAAAUAAAUAAUUUUGAAUUUUAUUUCGCUAAACAACAGGCAAGCGCACAAACGGAGUGUCGUACUAAAAAACAGGCAAAAGAAAUCGGAGUGUUGUCGGGUUUCUUUUUUUUUUUGCGCUUUUGCCCAAAAGAUACCUGUUAGAAAAUUACUUUGAAAAUAUUCCAAAUUUUCAGAAUCAACCAUACGUUCCUCAAAAAAUCGGAGAUGUUCUCAAAUUCGAUGAAUUUUCCAUUGAGAUGUCGUCGAUUCGUCAAAUCACAUCGACUUAUCACUCGGCAACUUUGAAACUGACAAAAGAAGGACAAGAUACUCGUCAGAUUAUUCUACUAGUUUAUCAUGGUUGGGGAGUUUCGGGAUAUCCACGUCAUCCAUCGGAUAUUCAUAAGAUUAUUGCCGAUAUGAAUCAUAUGAAAACGAUUUUACGAAAAAAGGCAUUGGAUGAAAAUAUGACGGAGGAGAAGCAACCGUUAGUUUUUAUUCUGAAUUUCAGAAGUUAAUAUUAAAAAUUUUCAGAUUUCCGAUAACUUUGAUGUGUUUCGAUGGUUUAUCUCGUAGCUGUGUUAUCGCGGCUCUCGAUAUUCUUUGUCGCCGCCUCGAACAUUCAACAGCUCUCGGAACUCCUUAUGUGGAUGUUCUCGACACAAUCGCAAGACUUCGAAUGCUUCGCGCAGCGGCUUGCCCAAAAGCUGAACAUCAUAUUUUCCUAUCAAUGGCGAUUUUGGAGUUUGGUAUUCGACGAAGAAUUAUCAGUAGAGAGAUGUUGGCUGAAAUUGAUUUAUCAGGAUUCGUUUUGUCUGGUGAGGUUAAAUAA